GUGAUGGAGGUGAAGGGUCAGAUGAUUCAUGUCCCAGAAUCCUCUACUCUGAUGUUCCUGGGUUCCCCCCGGGUGGACAAGCUGGAGGAGCUGAUGGGAAGGGGCCUCUACCUGUCAGACAUCCCCAUCCACGACGCCACGCGUGAUGUCAUACUGGUGGGACAGCAGGCCAAGGCACAGGACGGCCUCAAGAACAGGAUGGACAAACUCAAGGUACAGUCACACACACAUGCAAAGUCACACACACACACACACGGUCACACAUGCAUACGGUCACACACACACGGUCACACACACACGCGUUCUCAUACUUAUUAUUCUGUCAUGUAGACAUUCAGCAGCGGACUCAUCCGGCUUUAGAAGAAGGGGAAAUGCGUCGGUCACUAAACCUUUACUCCAUCAUCCCCAUUCUACUCAUUGUAAUUCUAUCCCUCUGCUCUUCCCUAGGCCACUCUAGAAAAGACACACCAAGCUCUAGAAGAGGAGAAGAGGAGGACAGUAGACCUUCUCUACUCCAUCUUUCCUGGUGACGUGGCCCAGAAGCUGUGGCAGGGGCAGUCUGUCCCCGCCAGGAAGUUUGAUGAUGUCACCAUGCUGUUCUCUGACAUCGUGGGCUUCACGGCAGUGUGUGCCCAGUGUACUCCCAUGCAGGUCAUCAGCAUGCUCAACGAGCUCUACACACGCUUCGACUACCAGUGUGGAAUACUGGACGUGUAUAAGGUAGGAACACACACCGGUUUGCACGUCACAUACUGUACAGUCGUGGUCAAACGUUUUGAGAAUGACACAAAUGCUAAUUUUCACAAAGUCUGCUGCCUCAGUUUUCAUGAUGGCAAUUUGCAUAAACUCCAGAAUGUCAUGAAGAGUGAUCAGAUGAAUUGCAAUUAAUUGCAAAGUCCUUCUUUGCCAUAAAAAUGAACUUAAUCCCCCAAAAACAUUUCCACUGCAUUUCAGCCCUGCCACAAAAGGACCAGCUGCCAUCAUGUCAGUGAUUCUCUCGUUAACACAGAUGAGAGUGUUGACGAGGACAAGGCUGGAGAUCACUCUGUCAUGCUGAUUGAGUUAGAAUAACAGACUGGAAGCUUUAAAAGGAGGGUGGUGCUUGAAAUCAUUGUUCUUCCUCUGUUAACCAUGGUUACCUGCAAGGAAACACGUGCCGUCAUCAUUGCUUUGCACAAAAAGGGCUUCACAGGCAAGGAUAUUGCUGCUAGUAAGAUUGUACCUAAAUCAACCAUUUAUCGGAUCAUCAAGAACUUCAAGGAGAGAGGUUCAAUUGUUGUGAAGAAGGCGUCAGGACGCCCAAGAAAGUCCAGCAAGCGCCAGGACCGUCUCCUAAAGUUGAUUCAGCUGCGGGAUCAGGGCACCACUAGUGAAGAGCUUGCUCAGGAAUGGUAGCAGGCAGGUGUGAGUGCAUCUGCACGCACAGUGAGGUGAAUACUUUUGGAGGAUGGCCUGGUGUCAAGAAGGGCAGCAAAGAAGCCACUUCUCUCCAGGAAAAACAUCAGGGACAGACUGAUAUUCUGCAGAAGGUACAGGGAUUGGACUGCUGAGGACUGGGGUAAAGUCAUUUUCUCUGAUGAAUCCCCUUUCCGAUUGUUUGGGGCAUCCGGAAAACACCUUGUCCGGAGAAGACAAGGUGAGCGCUACCAUCAGUCCUGUGUCUUGCCAACAGUAAAGCAUCCUGAGACCAUUCAUGUGUGGGGAUGCUUCUCAGCCAAGGGAGUGGGCUCUCUCACAUUCUUGCCUAAGAACACAGCCAUGAAUAAAGAAUGGUACCAACACAUCCUCCGAGAGCAACUUCUCCCAACCAUCCAAGAACAGUUUGGUGAUGACCAAUGCCUUUUCCAGCAUGAUGGAGCACCUUGCCAUAAGGCAAAAGUGAUAACUAAGUGGCUUGGGGAACAAAACAUCGAAAUUAUGGGUCCAUGGCCAGGAAACUCCCCAGACCUUAAUCCCAUUGAGAAGUUGUGGUCGAUCCUCAAGAGGCGGGUGGACAAACAAAACCCCAUAAAUUCUGACAAACUCCAAGCAUUGAUUAUGCAAGAAUGGGCUGCCAUCAGUCAGGAUGUGGCCCAGAAGUUAAUUGACAGCAUGCCAGGGCGGAUUGCAGAGGUCUUGAAAAAGAAGGGUCAACACUGCAAAUAUUGACUCUUUGCAUAAACUUAAUGUAAUUGUCAAUAAAAGCCUUUGAGACUUAUGGAAUGCUUGUAAUUAUACUUCAGUAUACCAUAGUAACAUCUGACAAAAAUAUCUCAUAACACUGAAGCAGCGAACUUUGUGAAGACCAAUACUUGUGUCAUUCUCAAAACUUUUGACCACGACUGUACACUGUUAUACAUGUCAGGGUUUGGGUCGAUUCUGAAUUGAGUUGCAAAUUGCUCUUUAAUUCCAAUUAAAUUAUUGUAUUUGAAUUGAAUUUGAAUUGGCCACACCCCACAGGAAGCAGAAUUUGAAUUGCAUUUGAAUUAAAGGAAGAAUAAUUUAAUUAAAUGAAAUUCUAAUGCCUUAUUUAUUCUACACGUUACCAUAGCAACAUUUAUAUGACCAAUACCAUAUAACAUUUCUUCUUUAAAACUCAUUCUCCUAAAACAUUUUAAAAUAAUUACAGUGGUCUGGAAAUAUUCUAAGAUCAUGUUGUGGGUUGUCUAUAAUAAUUAAUAAUUCCCUUAAAUGUUUUUUAAAUACCAGAAACAAAAUGUUUUCCCAUAAUGCAUUAGAUCAAACUGUUUGACAUCUUUGAGUUAAAAUAAAACUAAUAUUUCGAAUGGUAUGUGUAUUCUUUGCAUUAAUUAGUGGCAUAUUCUUUUUAUAAAAUAUUUGUCAAAUGAAUGAAUGAGACUUUCAUGUUUCACAUGAAAAAUAUGUUUUUUUUCAAUUUCAAAAUAUGCUUCCUGUGGAGUGUGGCCAAUUCAAAUUCAAUUCAAAUUAAUUGUUGGAAUUUGAUUAAAUUCUGAAAUUCUGAAUUGACUCCAAUCCUGAUACGUCUCACCUGUCCACAUAGGAGGGGUUUAGUGCAAUUGAGUAAUGGUGCUGCCAUGGGUAAAUACAAGGACCAAUCAAGUUGUGUUUUAUAUCAGCACUGUGUGUGUUGGGUGGAAAAACACACUGAUUAAUGGCUAAUGCAACGGUGCUUAACAACAGUGUGUCAAUACUGGCUGCCUGACAGUGGCAUUACAGCAAGGCCCAGUAACAACCAUCACUCCCUCUAUCCAUCCCUCCAUCCAUCUAGCACUACAUCAUUUCUCGUCCUUCGCCAGGGUUUGAGUCAGCACAGAUACAGCUCUUUCCCUUCCUUCCUCUCUCCUCACCCUUCCUCUCUCCUCACCCUUCCUCUCUCCUCAACCUUCCUCUCUCUUCACCCUUCCUGUCACACCCUGGCUCUGGGACUCUAUAUGUUGAGCCAGGGUGUGUUCUUUCUGUUGUGUUUAUUUCUAUGUUGGCCAGAGUGACUCCCAAUCAGAGGCAACGAGUGUCAGCUGUCGUUGGUUGUCUCUGAUUGGGAGCCAUAUUUAAACUGUCUGUUUUCCCUUUGUGUUUGUGGGUUCUUGUUCCGUGUUGGUCAUUGUUACCGUGGACUUCACGAGUCGUUUCUUGUUUUGUUUAUUGUUGUCUAUUAUCACUAAAGAUAAUAAAGUUUAAACAUGUUCGUUCAUCACGCUGCGCCUUGGUCUAUUCCCUACGACGAUCGUGACACUUCCUCUUUUUUACUUGACUCUUCCCCUUCUCUCUUUCUACUUCCAUUUUCUCUCGUCUCCACUUUCUACUCUCCCCCUCUCUUUUCCUGCUCCAUGUGAGGAGAGAGGGGGAGAGAGGAGCCAGGAGGAGAGAGAGACCCGUAUGUUCCCAUUAUCAUGGUUACUCUGGAUAAAUGACUGUGACUGGCUGAAAAUGAGAGUUGUGUUUCUUGUUGUGAGGUACAGCUUGUCUGAGUGUUUAUUUUAAUUCAGCCAAUAACCCUGUCAGAAAAAAAAAAGUAUGGAAGUCAAAUCAAAUGAAAUGCUCAUGGUUUCAUGGACUCUUCUCCAAUCCCCAUAUAGAUUGAGACCAUAGGCGACGCCUACUGUGUUGCGGGCGGGCUCCACCGGAAGAUUGACAGCCAUGCCAAGCCAAUCGCACUCAUGGCCCUGAAGAUGAUGGAGCUGUCAGAAGAGGUGUUAACGCCGGACGGCAAAUCCAUCAAGGUGAGUCUUCGCUUGGCACAGGAGAGGGGUUGGCCUCUUUCUCCCUCACUCUCUUUUUCUGUCAUCUUUUCUCUCUCCCUUUUCACUCCCCCUCUCUUUCUCUCUCUUCCUCUUUCUUUCUCUCUCUCUCUCUCUCUCUCUCUCUCCCUUUCACCCUCUCCUCCUACUCUGUCUGUCUCUCUUCUCAUUCAAAUGUAUAUGUGGUUUACACCUCGAAUUUAAAGCAUCCAUAAGCUUAUCAGUGCGGUGCUGUGUUGUGCCAAAGACAGAAGGGGUACCCCAGACACGUCACAGGGGCUAUAAAGCUGAAACACCCCUUUAGAACGUUUUCUCACCACCAAAUAUGGUAGUGAGAGGAAGUCCAGUCGCGGGUAGUGGGAGAGGAUGGAACUAGGUGAAACUGGGCCGACGUUCUCAUCGAUGAAACAUCUGAUCUCAAUUAAUGUUUCUGUUCCAAAACUAGAAUCCAUUAUGAACACAGUGCACUAAGUUUUAGAGACUUAAUGCUUUGCCAAAGUUUUAAAACAAUUGCAUUUCUUAGAAGGAGUGCAAGGUCGAAUUGAGUUUGUGCGCACGCGCACUUCACAGAGGAUGCAUUCCCUAACAGAAAUAUGCAAUUGUGCUAGCUGUGUUGUGUUGUGCUAGCUGUGUUAUGUUGUACUAGCUGUGUUAUGUUGUGCUAGCUGUGCUGUGCUAGCUAUGUUGUGUUGUACAAGCUGUGUUGUGCUAGCUGUGUUGUGUUGUACAAGCUGUGUUGUGCUAGCUGUGUUGUGUUGUGCUUGCUGUGUUAUGUUGUGCUAGCUGUGUUGUUGUGCUAGCUGUGCUAUGUUGUGUUGUGCUAACUGUGUUAUGUUGUGCUAGCUGUGCUGUGUUGUGUUAUGCUAGCUGUGUUGUGCUGUGUUGUGCUAGCUGUGUUAUGUUGUGCUAGCUGUGUUGUGUCGUGCUAGCUAUGUUGUGCUAGCUAUGUUGUGUUGUGUUGUGCUUGUUGUGUUGUGCUAGCUGUGCUGUGUUGUGUUGUGCUAGCUGUGUUGUGUUGUGCUAGCUGUGUUGUGUCGUGCUAGCUGUGUUGUGUUGUGUCGUGCUUGCUUGCUGUGUUGUGCUAGCUGUGUUAUGUUGUGCUAACUGUGUUAUGUUGUGCUAGCUAUGUUGUGUCGUGCUAGCUGUGUUGUGUUAGUUGUGUUGUGUUGUGUUUUGUUGUGCUAGCUGUGUUGUGUCAUGCUAGCUGAGUAAUGUUGUGCUAGCUGUGUUAUGUUGUGCUAGCUGUGUUGUGUUGUGCUAGCUGUGCUGUUUUGUGUUGCGCUAGCUGUGUUGUGCUAGCUGUGUUGUGCUGUGUUGUACUAGCUGUGUUGUGCUGUGUUGUGCUAGCUGUGUUGUGCUGUGUUGUGCUAGCUGUGUUUUGCUGUGUUGUGCUAGCUGUGCUAUGUUUUGCUAGCUGUGCUAUGUUGUGCUAGCUGUGUUGUGUUGCGCUAGCUGUGCUGUGUUGUGUUGUGCUAGCUGUGUUAUGUUGUGCUAACUGUUAUGUUGUGCUAGCUGUGUUGUGUUGUGCUAGCUGUGCUGUUUUGUGUUGUGCUAGCUGUGUUGUGCUAGCUCUGUUGUGCUGUGUUGUACGUGCUGUGUUGUACUAGCUGUGUUGUGCUGUGUUGUACUAGCUGUGUUGUGCUAGCUGUGUUGUGCUGUGUUGUGCUAGCUGUGUUGUGUCGUGCUAGCUGUGUUGUGUUGCGUUGUGCUAGCUGUGUUGUGUCGUGCUAGCUGUGUUAUGUUUUGCUAGCUGUGUUGUGCUAGCAGUGUUGUGUUGUGCUAGCUGUGCUGUGUUAUGUUGUGCUAGCUGUGUUAUGUUGUGCUAACUGUGUUAUGUUGUGCUAGCUGUGUUGUGUUGUGUUAGCUAUGCUGUGUUGUGUUGUGCUAGCUGUGUUGUACUAGCUGUGUUGUGCUAGCUGUGUUGUGUUGUGUUUUGUGCUAGCUGUGUUGUGCUAGCUAUGUUAUGUUGUGCUACCUGUGUUGUGUUAUGUUGUGCUAGCUGUGUUGUGCUGUGUUGUGCUAGCUGUGUUGUGCUAGCUCUGUUGUGUUGUGCUUGCUAUGUUGUGUUGUGUUGUACUGGAUGUGUUGUGCUGGCUGUGUUGUGCUAGCUGUGUUGUGCUGUGUUAGCUGUGUUGUGCUGUGUUGUGCUAGCUGUGCUGUGUUGUGCUAGCUGUGUUGUGCUAGCUUUGUUGUGCUAGCUGUGUUGUGCUGUGUUGUGCUAGAUGUGUUGUGUUAUGUUGUGCUAGCUGUGUUGUGCUGUGUUAUGCUAGCUGUGUUGUGUUGAGUUGUGCUAGCUGUGUUAUGUUGUGCUAGAUGUGUUGUGCUGUGUCGUGCUAGCUGUGUUGUGUCAUACUAGCUUUGUUGGGUCGUGCUAGCUGUGUUGUGUUAUGUCAUGCUUGCUGUGUUGUGUUGUGCUAGCUGUGCUGUGCUGUGUUGUGUUGUGCUAGCUGUGUUAUGUUGUGCUAGCUGUGUUAUGUUGUGCUAGCUGUGUUAUGUCGUGCUAGCUGUGUUGUGUCGUGCUAGCUGUGUUGUGUUGUGCUAGCUGUGUUGUGUCGUGCUAUCUGUGUUGUGUCGUGCUAGCUGUGUUGUGUUGUGUUGUGUCGUGCUAGCUGUGUUGUAUCGUGCUAGCUGUGUUAUGUUGUGCUAGCUGUGUUGUGUUGUGCUAGCUGUGCUGUUUUGAGUUGUGCUAGCUGUGUUGUGCUAGCUGUGCUGUGUUGUACUAGCUGUGUUGUGCUAGCUGUGUUGUGUCGUGCUAGCUGUGUUAUGUUGUGCUAGCUGUGUUGUGUUGUGCUAGCUGUGUUGUGUUGUGUUGUGCUAGCUGUGUUGUGCUAUCUGUGUUGUGCUAGCUGUGCUGUGUUGUGCUAGCUGUGUUUUGUUGUGUUGUACUAGCUGUUUUGUGCUGGCUGUGUUGUGCUGUGUUAGCUGUGUUGUGCUGUGUUGUGCUAGCUGUGCUGUGUUGUGCUAGCAGUGUUGUGCUAGCUUUGUUGUGCUAGCUGUGUUGUGCUGUGUUGUACUAGCUGUGUUGUGCUGUGUUGUACUAGCUGUGUUGUGCUAGCUGUGUUGGGUUGUGCUAGCUGUGUUGUGCUAGCUGUGCUGUGCUGUGCUGUGCUAGCUGUGUUGUGCUAGCUGUGUUGUGCUGUGUUGUACUAGCUGUGUUGUGCUAGCUGUGUUGUGUUGAGCUGUGCUAGCUGUGUUGUGUUGUGCUAGCUGUGUUAUGUUUUGCUAGCUAUGCUGUGUUGUGCUAGCUGUGUUAUGUUUUGCUAGCUGUGCUGUGUUAUCUGUGUUAUGUUGUGCUAGUUGUGUUGUGUUGUGCUAGCUGUGUUGUGCUAGCUGUGUUGUACUAGAUGUGUUGUGCCAGCUGUGUUGUGCUGUGUUGUACUAGCUGUGUUGUGCUAGCUGUGUUAUGUUGUGCUAGCUGUGUUGUGCUGUGUUGUGCUAGCUGUGUUGUGCUGUGUUGCUAGCUGUGUUGUGUUGUGUUAUACUAGCUGUGUUGUGCUGGCUGUGUUGUGCUAGCUGUGUUGUGCUGUAUUAGCUGUGUUGUGCUGUGUUGUGCUAGCUGUGUUGUGUUGUGCUAGCUGUGAUGUGUUGUGCUAGCUGUGUUGUGUUGUGCUAGCUGUGUUAUGUUGUGAUAGCUGUGUUGUGUUGUGCUAGCUGUGUUAUGUUGUGAUAGCUGUGUUGUGUUGUGCUAGCUCUGCUGUGCUGUGUUGUGCUAGCUGUGUUAUGUUGUGCUAGCUGUGCUGUGUUGUGUUAUGCUAGCUGUGUUGUGUUGUUCUGUGUUGUGCUAGCUAUGUUAUGUUGUGCUAGCAGUGUUGUGCUAGCUCUGUUGUGCUAGCUAUGUUGUGCUGUGUUGUACAAGCUGUCUUGUGCUGUGUUGUGCUAGCUGUGUUGUGUUGUGCUUGCUGUGUUGUGUUGUGCUAGCUGUGCUGUGUUGUGUUGUGCUAGCUGUGCUAUGUUGUGCUAGCUGUGUUGUGUCGUGCUAGCUGUGUUGUGUUGUGCUAGCUGUAUUGUGUAGUGCUUGCUGUGUUGUGUUGUGCUAGCUGUGUUGUGUCAUGCUAGCUGUGUUGUGUUGUGUUGGUUAUGUUGUGCUUGCUGUGUUGUGUCGUGCUAGCUGUGUUGUGUUGUGUCGUGCUAGCUCUGUUGGGUCGUGCUAGCUGUGUUGUGUUGUGUCGUGCUUGCUGCGUUGUGUAUGUUUGCUGUGUUGUGUCGUGCUAGCUGCUUCUCUCCCAUUGGCUGACAGUCCCAGAUGUGCGUGUGUUGAUAUAAUCAUCUGUGUCGUGGCCCAUUGGGAAGGAAGUGCUUAACCAGCUGUGGAUGCUGACAAUGGAGCCCAUCAUCAUCCCCUUUAAUGACGAUUGAUGAGAUUAAAUGUCUCUUCACAAGGAAGAGAGCACACGCUCACAUGCACACACAACACACACGCACACACAUGCACAGACACACACACAUACACACACGGACGGACACUACAAUGGGUUUGUGUUUUUGUUGUUGUGUGUGUGUGUACAAUAAAUGGGUGUUUGUGGAUGUCCGGGUGCGUAUUUAUGCUCAACAGUGUGUGAUCACUGAACGCAUGUGUGUAAUUGACUUAUUGUGAACACACCGAUCGUCACGUGAUGGAUAGAACAUGUAGUGUGCAGUUGCCAUGGUGAUGGGAGAAUGUGACGUGGCAGCAGGGGCUGUUUUUGUUGUUUCGUGUCUUACAGGAAAUACUUGAGCUUUGUGUUGGGCUGUGUUGUGUUAGGUUAGAGAGAAACUCACAUUCAGGCAGUCUUUCUCCCAUCUCCACAGGUAGAGGCCCUUUUCUCUUACAUCCAGCUGUCUGUGUCAGUUGGCCAAUAACACUGUCCCAGAGUCAACACUGACAAUACAAAACAUGGUGUUUGUGUGUGGGUGUGGGUGUGGGUGUGGGGGUGUGGGUGUGGGUGUGUGUGUGUGUGGUGUGUGUGUGUGUGUGUGUGUGUGUGUGUGUGUGUGUGUGUGUGUGUGUGUUGGCUCAGAGCUCCAGGUUGUUUUUAGCAUGCUUCCACCUAAACCUUCUACUUAUGGCAACCAGCAAUAAAAAUAACCAACCUCACGCAACCUCUGUCUCUCUCCAUUGGCAUGACAACAAGGGUGCUGGGGAUCACAUGUACAGUCACGACCAAAAUUAUUGGCACCCUUGAUAUAGAUGAGUAAAAAAGACUCUAUAAAAUAAAUAAUACAAAUACUGAGCAUGGGAAAAUUAUAUAAUUUUUAACUGAUACAAUUACUCAGAGAAAAAUGUGGUUUCAAUUAUUUUAACCCCUAUCCUUUUGAGAGAAAAAAGUAUUAAUUGUUAAAGAAAAUUGUCUUUGUAUAAAACAAUAUAAUGUAGCACUUUUGACCAUACAAUAUAGCUCAGUAUUUGUAUUAUUUAUAUUAUAGAGUCUUUUUUGCUCAUCUUUAUCAAGGGUGCCAAUCAUUUUGGUCGUCACUGUCUGUAGCUAUGUGGUGAGCUGGAUACAGUGCAUUCAGAAAGUAUUCUGACCCCUUGACCUUUUCCACAUUUUGUUACGUUACAGCCUCGUUCUAAAAUGGAUUAAAUUGUUUUUUCCCCCCUCAUUAAUCUACAUACAAUACACCAUAAUGACAAAGCAAAAACAGGUUGUUAGAUUUUUUUGCAAAAAGAAAAAUACUGAAAUAUCACAUUUACAUAAGUAUUCAGACCCUUUCCUCAGUACUUUGUUGAAGCACCUUUGGCAGCGAUUACAUCCUCAAGUCUGUUUGGGUAUGACGCUACAAGCUUGGCACACCUGUAUUUGGGGAGUUUCUCCCAUUCUUCUCUACAGAUCCUCUCAAGCUCUGUCAGGUUGGAUGGGGAGCGUCACUGCACAACUAUUUUCAGGUCUCUCCAGAGAUGUUCGAUCGGGUUCAAGUCCGGGCUCUGGCUGGGCCACUCAAGGACAUUCAGAGACUUGUCCCGAAGCCACUCCUACGUUGUCUUGACUGUGUGCUUAGGGUGAUUGUCCUGUUGGAAGGUGAACCUUCGUCCCAGUCUGAGGUCCUGAGCACUCUGGAGCAGGUUUUCAUCAAGGUUCUUUCUGUACUUUGCUCCGUUAAUCUUUCCCUCGAUCCUGACUAGUCUCCCAGUCCCUGCCACUGAAAAACAUCCCCACAGCAUGAUGCUGCCAACACCAUGCUUCACCGUAGGGAUGGUGCCAGGUUUCCUCCAGACGUGACACUUGUCAUUCAGGCCAAAGAGUUCAAUCUUGGUUUCAUCAUAUCAGAGAAUAUUGUUUAUCAUGAUCUGAGAGUCCUUUAGGUGCCUUUUGGCAAACUCCAAACUCCUUCAAUGCUGCAGACAUUUUUGGGUACCCUUCCCCAGAUUUGUGCCUCGACAAUUCCUGUCUCGGAGCUCUAUGGACAAUUCCUUUGACCUCAUGGCUUGGUUUUUGCUCUGACAUGCACUGUCAACUAUGGGACCUUAUAUAUACAGGUGUGUGCCUUUCCAAAUAAUGUCCAAUCAAUUUAAUUUACCACAGGUGGACUCCAAUCAAGUUGUAGAAACAUCUCAAGAAUUGUCAAUGGAAACAGGAUGCACCUGAGCUCAAUUUUGAGUCUUAUAGCAAAGGGUCUGAAUACUUAUGUAAAUAAGGUAUUUCUGUUUUUAAUUUUUAAUAAAUUUGCACACAUUUCUAAAAACCUGUUUUCGCUUUGUCAUUAUUGGGUAUUGUGUGUAGAUUGAUGAGAGAAAUCAAUUUUAGAAUAAAGCUGUAACGUAACAAAUUGUGGAAAAAGUCAAGGGGUCUGAAUAUUUUCCAAAUUCUGUAUGUCCUGGCUCAAACCAGGCUCCUGUAGGAGAGCUCUGCUAUGCUCUGCUGGUCGUCUAGAAGGAACCUAGCUCUGUUUAAACUAACUAUCUGUCUGUAGAGCUGCGUGAUUAAUUCAUCUCUCUAUUAAUUCUAACUCUGAUGCCCUGCGAAGAGGAUGUUUCAGACAGAGAGAGAGAGAGAGAGAGAGUCCUUUAGUCCUUAAAAACGGCAACUACACAAUUCUAAUGUUGUGUGUGUGCAUGCAUGUGGCCAUGCAUGUGUAUGCCUGUAUCAGUCUGUGCAUGUGAGUGCAUGUGUCUGGUGUGUGUGCAUGUGUGUGUGUGUGUGCAUGCGUGUAGCUAUGCGUCUGUGUGUGCGUGUGUGCAUGUGUCUGGUGUGUGUCUGUGCUUGUGUGCGUGUGUGUUUGUGGCCUAUAGUUGUGAUUAAUUCACCGGCCAUUGUUCCAGAAAUAGACUGGCAUAGCUAUGCCCUGUAGCCCUGUUCUCUGUCUCGCUGUCUCUGUCUCUCUCUCUCUCUCUCUGUCUCUCUGUCUCUCUCUGUCUCUCUCUCUCUGUCUCCCUCUCUCUGUCUCUCUCUCUUUCUCUCUCUCUUUCUUUCUCAUUCUUCGUUCCCUUGCUCAGAGGAUAAGAGGAGAGAUGCUCUGCUCGUUCAAACCACUUCAGCCGGAUAAAUGCUCUUCAGUCAGCAUGCUCACAACUAGCCAAUACCACUGUGUUAUGUAAACUAGUCUAUGAGAUAGAAAGAGAGGGGGGGGGGGGGGGGUACCUCAUACCUCAUAGCUGUCGGUUGGAAUUGGCUGCUUCAGAACUGCAGUGUGUUUUGAUUGGUCUGUUCCGACUCUGUGCUGACUCACAGAAGAGUGAGAGAUAGAUGGGAGGGGGGAUAAAGUAGGAGUGGGGAGAGGGGGGACUGAGAAAUAGAGAGGGGAGAGAGGGAACAGAGAAAGAGAGAGGGGAGAGGGGGACAGAAAGAGGGGAGAGGGGGACAGAGAGAGGGGAGAGGGGGACAGAGAGAGGAAGAGAGGGGGACAAGACGAGGGGAAGGGGGACACUAAGAGAGGGGGACAGUACGAGUGGAGAGUGGGGACAGAGAAAAGUAUUGGAGAGUGUACCAGUAGCAAUAAUAUGAGAGGUAAGAGAUCGACAAAGGGGUAGGGGGACAUUAUAUUUGUAUAGGUUCUUGCGUAGUUUACAGAUUUGUUAGACUUUUGGACUAGGUAGAGGGGACCAGUGGUGACAGUAGCAAGAAGAGGGGAGAGGGGGUCCAUUUGUACAACAUUUACAUUGCAUUUUAGUCAUUUAGCAGACGCUCUUAUCCAGAGCGACUUACAGUUAGUGAGUGCAUACAUUAUUUUUAUAUUUUUCAUACUGGCCCCCCGUGGGAAACGAACCCACAACCCUGGCGUUGCAAACGCCAUGCUCUACCAACGUCCCUGCCAGCCAUUCCCUCCCCUACCCGCGCCGCCCCAUGGGUCUCCCGGUCACGGCCGGCUACGACAGAGCCUGGAUUCGAACCAGGAUCUCUAGUGGCACAGCUAGCACUGCGAUGCAGUGCCUUAGACCACUGCCCCACUCGGGAGAAAGAUCAAAAUACAACACCUUAACUUGUCUCUCCUUCUCCAUCUCUAUCACUCUCUCCACUCACUCUUUCCUCAUAACAUCUGGCAAUCUGUCCAUCUCUAUGGCAGUGUGACCAGAACUAGCCAAUACCAAUCUGUCCAUCUCUAUGGUAGUGUGAUCAGAACUAGCCAAUACCAAUCUGUCCAUCUCUAUGGUAGUGUGAUCAGAACUAGCCAAUACCAAUCUGUCCAUCUCUAUGGCAGUGUGAUCAGAACUAGCCAAUACCAAUCUGUCCAUCUCUAUGGCAGUGUGAUCAGAACUAACCAAUACCAAUCUGUCCAUCACUAUGGCAGUGUGAUCAGACCUUUGCCCUCACGUUCUCCUCGCUCUCUCUCUCUCAUUGCCAAGGUAACCCACAUUGGUGUGCUGGCAUGUGCUCAGUGCCGUUAGUAACCGUGGAGAUGAGAUACUGAAGUGGAUCAUUAGAGAUUAUAUGUUUGUGGGUUUGUGUUGUGUGGCUUUGAAGUGCGAUGAUCAAAUUUAAAUCACAGCUAUAAUAAUAUACUUCUAAUUACACCUGCUCUUUCCAUGACAUAGACUGACCAGGUGAAUCCAGGUGAAAGCUAUGCUCCCUUAUUGAUGUCACCUGUUAAAUCCAUUUCAAUCAGUGUAGAUGAAGGGGAGAAGACAGGUUAAAGAAGGAUGUUUAAGCCUUGAGACAAUUAAGACAUGGAUUGCAACGCUGCUGGGUUUUUCACGCUAAGGAAUACCUGGGAUAGGAUAAAGUAAUCCUUCUACUCACUGGUCAGUGUUCAACUGACAUCUCUCUCUCUCUCUCUCUGCUUCUACCUCUACUCUCCGUCCCUCUCUCCGUCCCUCUCUCCGUCCCUCUUUCCGUCCUUCAGCUGCGUAUAGGUAUCCAUACAGGCUCAGUGUUGGCGGGGGUGGUCGGGGUGAGGAUGCCCAGGUACUGUCUGUUCGGCAACAACGUCACACUGGCCAGCAAGUUUGAGUCUGGGAGCCACCCUCGAUGCAUCAACAUCAGCCCAACCACAUACCAGUGAGUACACCUGUUUGUGUGGUGUUGUGGUGUGUGUGUGUGUGUGUGUGGUGGUGUGUGUGGUGUGGUGGGUGUGGGUGUGGGGGGUCAGAAUGAAUGGCAAUAUAGCAGCUUUCAGUCUCUAAGGACAUUUGAGUAAGAAACAGUCACGUCCAGUCAACUGCAUUUGUGAUACGUCAUAAACACACGCCCGCAAGCACACAGGCAAGCACAGACACACGUGCACGCACACACACACAGUGACUUUGAUGUUGAGUCAAAUGCUGCCUGUGGAGGCACUUUGAGCCGAGAGCUUAGUGUUCUCUCUCUCUCUCUCUCUCUCUCUCUCUCUCUCUCUCUCUCUCUCUCUCUCUCUCUCUCUCUCUCUCUCUGGUGUCCCUUCUGUGAGUCAGUGAGCCAAAGCGUUGCCUUGGAAACAUCUCUAUUUUUGCAGUCAAGGACAUUCUCUCCUCAGAAUCACAAAUUAUUCGCACGACACAAAGAGGGCUAAUUGUUGCAGAUUUAAACCAACCUGGUGAGUGUGUGUGUGUGUGUGUGUAAGGUGAUUAAUAAAUCCAGUGUAUGUUCUGCCUCCUCUGCUAAUAUCUCUGUGGACUCAGCAUAUGUACACACUGUGCGAUUGCUUGCUUGUGUGUGUGUGCAUCAGUGUGUGUGUGUACAUACCCCCCUUCAGCAGAAACACACACCUUUAGCUUGUGAAUAAUGCCUGGGUUUGUAAUUGGCCUUAUCUCAUUCUGAACAAGGCUGCAUCACUCCCUGGAGAGUCACUGCUGUUUGGAGAAAUAGCCAAAUACCACUCUGCAGACAAAUAUAACACACAUCAUGUGUUUUUAAAUCUCUCUUUCUUUCCCUCUCUCCAGGCUGCUGAAAGACGAUUGCUCCUUCUCUUUCGUCCCUCGUUCCCGGUUGGAGCUUCCUGAUAAUUUUCCGAAGGAGAUCCCGGGAACAUGCUACUUCCUGGAGGGAGGGACUUCCCAUAGCCACGCCUCCCUGACCAGCUCUCGCUCCGCCCCUCCAGCUCCCCUGAGAAAAGUGUCCUACAGCAUCGGCACCAUGUUCCUGCGAGAGACCAGCCUAUAGGCUCCUAAAACACAUACACACACACACUGCAUCAACAUACACACACAACUCUAACCCUACAGCCCUAAACCUACCCCAUGUUUAAAUGGGAGACAAGCUUAUAUGGAUGACAAUACCCUCCUACCCCAAACCAGGACCCAGUCCUCUUAACAACCCCCCUCGCUUUGCCAUCUAGAAACUGACACUCCUCGCUGCACCAACUACAACCUGUUGUUACCAAGGGCAACCACUCUUUACCCUUCAACCCCACCAUGAACCAGACUUUGAAGGUUGAGAGAAGAGGUGGAGGAGGAGGAGUAAAAAUAACAAAAUCAACAGAGACAAUAAUAGAAUCAUCUAGCGACUUCAAAACUAAACUAAAGCCUUCUGCUUGUAGAACACAGCGUACUGUAACCAUGGAUACCACGGCUGGCUGUCAGUCUGGGCAUGGCAGGUACUGUGUUAUUAUCAACAGCGCUCACAACUCAGUGCCUUCUUCACUAGAACACUACAGACAUACACUCUCAAACCCCCAACAUGGGAGCUGGCUGAACACGCGGGGAAAUGGAACGAGGUCUGCAGCUCUGAUGCUUCCCACAGUGAUGUGUGUGUGACUCUCCCAAAUCAAUCACUGUGGGAAGCCUAUGUUGUUUUGGUCCAGCUAGCACCUGAACCACUGAGAUGUUUGUACAUUUUCUCAUUCAGUUAGCUGAAUGCAUCCACCUCCCAGCCCAUCUGUCAACACUAAACCAUGGACAUGAGAAAGCAGCACGUAAAUGCAUCCAUCCAUCCAUCCAUCCCCCCCCCCCUCCAUCCACCAACUCUACUAACCA